AUGCGCCGUCUACUGGUGGUAUUACUGCUGCACGCGGCGUCAGGGGUCCUGUACGACACCUUCCAUGGUCGCCCCGUCGCGGAGCCCAAGCCGAUGAGGAACGCCACCGUUGAGUUGACCGACCAGAUGCGGUUCUUCUUCGGCAUUCGACCGUGGUGCACCGUGGACAUUCCUGAAUGCUCUCCAACUGAGACGAGACGCGUCGAUGGCUCCUGCAACAGCCUGAGGUUCCCGUCGCGCGGCGCCGCCAUGACGCCGUACCAGCGGCUGCUGCCACCAGCCCACGCGGUCGACGGCGGGCCCCGGACCGCCAGAUCCGGCCUGGAGCUGCCCAACACGAGAUCCCUGCGCACGGCCCUCGUGCCAGACGGGCGGGUCCACAGCAAGCGCUAUACGCAGCUCAUCACCUAUCUGCUCCUCAUCAUGACCUCCGACGUCACUUCCCUCCACGACACGGUGAACUACGUGGUGUUCACCACCACCUGCUGCGCACCAGGGGGUGAGAGCAACCCCCUGUGCAUGCCGAUACCAGUCGCGGACGACGACCUCUACCUCAGGCUGAGCGACGUCCGUUGUCUGAACUUGACGAGGGCCAUCACGUACCAGAGGCUGGGCUGCGCGCCGAACACUCUGCCACCCGAGAGGAUCAACACCUCGCCACCGAUGCUGGAUUUGUCCAGCUUGUACGGGAACGACAAGCCAAGCGCCGACCGCUUCCGUCGUGGUGACGGCGGCCUCGUGCGCUCCGACGUCAUCCGUGGCAAGGAGUGGCCGCCAAACGGAAGUCCGGUCUGCCUCCUCAACCAGCUGCCACGGGAGACCCGUUGCCACGACGCUGGGAACCCGGCCAUCAACAGCCUCCCGGGGAUCCAGCUUCUGGGCCUGUGGCAGCUGAGGAGCCACAACCAGAUAGCGAGGACCCUAGCGGAGAUGAACACCUGUUGGGGCGACGACCGGCUGUUCGCCGUGGCAAGGGACAUCAACAUCGCUUACUACCAGAACGUGGUCUACUACGAGCUGAUGCCCACCGUGAUGGUUGGCAACCCUAGGCCCCACCCUUUGCGACUUUCCCAACAGCUAGGGAGCUUUCCAGGUCACGACGUGCUGCUGAGGAACAGGGUGAUAUACGAGGGCCACGGCCACGUGGACGACUACGACGACUCUCUGGAGCCGAGGGUCAGCAUCGAGUACGUCAUCGCCACCAGGUGGUUCCACAGCAUCCAGGAGGGGCGUCUCCAAAUGUUCGACAACAAGGGCAGGCUGGUGAACGAGCUGCCAAUGAUGGACUACAUCCUCCGUUCGGGGGCGUUCUUCAACAACAGCACAAUAGACGGGUUUACUCAAGGGUCGUUCAGGCAGCCGUGCGCCGACAACGACUACCUGGUGGACCCGGAGGUGGGCGAACGCAUCCUGGGCCCCCUGCAGCGGGCCUCUGACGUCACGGCCAGUGACGUAAAGAAGGGCCGCGACGUGGGCCUCCCGGCGUACAACCGGUACCGCGAGUACUGCGGGCUACCAGUUGCCAGGAGCUUCGACGACCUGUACAGCUGGAUGCCGAAAGACCAAGUCGACGUGCUAGCGCGUACGUACGAAGACGUAGACGACGUGGACCUUGGGGUGGCCAUUUUGGUUGAGAGAGCGAUGCCCGGAGCGAUCAUUGGCCCGACCCUCGCGUGCAUCAUGAUCGAUCAGCUGCUCCGGUGGAGACGCGCAGACAGGUUCUGGUACGAGAACUCCAUCCACCCAGGAGCAUUCACGGCAGAUCAACUAUAUGAAAUAAGAAAGAUCACAAUGGCCCGAAUAAUCUGCGACCAUGGCGACUCGGUGGAUUCGGUGCAGCCGUUUGCUUUCUUGCUUCCGAGUCUCGGAACCAAGGCAUCCGUAGGUGCAAAAGUAUCUUCAGGAAAGAGCAGUAAAGCAAGGUGUAGUGUUGCUCCUCCGCCUAGUAAUACUGGCUCCACAGGUGGUGGAGAAAGAUCGUCCAGAGGACAUGGCGGUGGCAACCCGGUGUGCCCCCGCGAGACACCCAAAUGGCAGAAACCGAUCACAAACUUCUUCAUCACCGGCAACUGUAGCAAAGAUCCAGACGGUGUUGACAAAAAUGCCUCACAUGGUUCGGACGAGGAAGACACUGCAGAAAGCAGCAAGCCCAAACCGAAACGCAAUGUAAUUCUCUCCGACGACGAAGUGGACACAGAGGAGAUACCGAAGAAUAAGGAGUUGGACGAGUCAAUCGUUCUGGAGCCGCUGACCGGUGAGAACAGCCACAAGAUCGAGGAGUACUACCACAAGAACAAUAAAGGCAAAGGCAAGGGGAAGAAAUCCGGCAACAAGGAGAACAUUAGUGAAAACGGCAAGAGCUUGAAGAGGGAGCUAGAAGAUGACUGCGGAGAGACGGAAAAUGCUAAUAAGAAAAUCAAAGUGACG